ACGUAUAAAAACUAGAACUGAUGAUGGGCCAACUCAAGAGCAAGAGCCAGUCUAUUUGAUAGCAACUAUCCAUUAUCAACCACCCUAAUCAAUCAAAUUAGGGAACCCAAUCGAAACCCUAAUCAAUUGAUCGUUAUUUUCCUCCCUAAAAUCCGUUCUCUCGCAUCCUCAAUCUUUCAAAUAAGCCAAUUAGAAUUUCUACCUUGCGCUCCAUUUGGGUGUCGCUUCCGCGAAUCCAUCUUCACUCGAAGAGAAGUCUUCACUGUUUGACGAACCCAAUGUCGAGAGACAGCAAUGACCGAUUACCGAUGGAAAACUUUAGAGCUGCGGUUAUGGAAAUGGCAAGCAGACAUCCAAGCAAACCCUUAACGGAGGCGCGAAAAUGUCUAAUUGAUAAACGCAUCCGAGAGUUCUUCGCCCACACGCCCAGCCCUCCUGAUCAUCCCCCUCACUCUGCGAUGAUACACGGGGCACUUCAAGAGUUGAACGAGGAAGGUGGUUCUAGUGAAGAGUCAAUAUCAAAUUUUAUUAGAAAGGAGUAUAAAGAAUUGCCAUGGGCACAUUCUAUAUUCUUGAAUCAUCAUCUGGGGAAACUUUGUGUGAGUGGUGAGAUUGUUUUGACUCGUGACAAUUCUUAUUUGCUUGCCGGUGCAAUCAUGAAACAAAAACCUAGCUCUACACGUCAUUCUAAGAGGAAGGAACUUAAGAGAAAGCAAAGCAAGAAGCGGCGAAGGGAACUGGGUUGUCCAUGUAACAAACAAGAAAUUGAAGCAGAAUAUCACUUGAAAGAACAAAUGGAAGUGAUUGAAGAACUGAAUAAAGCACUAGAAGAUAAUACUGAAAUGGUUGACAAACAAAAUCAAGUUCCAAUCGGUGAGAUGUUGCAAUCCUGUGAUGAUGGUGAGAAGGGUGAUGGUAGAAAAUUAAAAGUGCUGCCUGUUCAAUCUCUUGGGCCCAUUAUGGAAGAAGAAAUUGGAGCGGAAUAUCAGUUAGAAGAAUCAAGGGAAGGGAUUGAAGAACUAAAUCAAGCACUAGAACAUUAUACUUUUGACAAACAAAAUCAAGUGUCAUUCGAUGAGAUGUUGCAAUCCUGUGAUGAUGGUGAGAAGGGUGAUGGUGGGAAAUUAAAGUUGCUGCCCGUUGAGUCUCUGGGGCCCAUUAUGGAAGAAGAAAUUGAAGAUGAAUAUCAGUUGAAAGAACCGAUGGAAGUGAUUGAAGAACAAAAUGAAGCAUUAGAAGAUGAGAAGGAUGAUGAUAUCAGUGAGAUGUUGCAAUCCUGUGAUGAUCGUGAGAAGGGUGAUUGUUGGAAAUUAAAGGUGCUGCCCGUUGAGGCUCUUGGCUCCAUUAUGGAAGAAGAAAUUGAAUCAGAAUAUCUAUUGAAAGAACCGAUGGAAGGAUUGAAAGAACCGAUGGAAGGGAUUGAAGAACAAAAUCAAGCAUUAGAAUAUGAAAAGGAUGAUGAUAUCAGUGAGAUAUUGCAAUCCUGUGAUGAUGGUGAGAAGGGUGAUGGUAGGAAAUUAAAGUUGCUGCCCGUUGAGGCUCUUGGGCCCAUUAUGGAAGAAGAAGUUGAAUCAGAAUAUCAGUUGAAAGAACUGAUGGAAGGAUUGAAAGAACCGAUGGAAGGGAUUGAAGAACAAAAUGAAGCAUUAGACUAUGAGAAGGAUGGUGAUAUCAGUGAGAUGUUGCAAUCCUGUGAUGCUGGUGAGAAGGGUGAGGGUAGGAAAUUAAAGGUGCUGCCCGUUGAGUCUCUUGGGCCCAUUAUGGAAGAAGAAAUUGAAGCAGAAUAUCAGUUGAAAGAACCGAUGGAAGGGAUUGAAGAACAAAAUCAAGCAUUAGAAGAUGAGAAGAAUGAUGAAAGUUUAAAGUUGCUGUCUGUUGAGUCCCUUGAGCCUAUUAUGGAAGAAGAGAAAAAAGAAUCUUCAGAGGAAGAGCAUCCGAUGAAGAGUCCUGGAGAGGAAAAUUCUGAUAUCGUUGUUUUGCAGCCGGAACAGCAAUUAGAUCUUCCACUUCCUGAAAAAAUUUCGGAACUAAAAUCAACAGAAUUGAGUUACACACCGGUUCAGCUGGAGCAGCGGACACAGGAGAAGCCACAAUGUAGGCAAUUACGGCCUCGACCUCCUAAAGCUGGAUCACUGACAGAUACAAGUAUGACCGAAUCCUUGCCCUCACAAAAUCAGCAUGAGGUGCAGGGGACGCAGGAGAAGCCACAUCGUAGGAAAUUACGGCCUCGACCUCCCAAAGCUGGAUCACUGACAGAUACAAGUAUGACCGAAUCCUUGCCCUCACAACAUCAGCAUGAGGAGCAGCGGACACAGGAGAAGCCACAACGUAGGCAAUUACGGCCUCGGCCUCCCAAAGCUGGAUCACUGACAGAUACAAGUAUGACUGAAUCCUUGCCCUCACAACAUCAGCAUGAGGAGCAGCGGACACAGGAGAAGCCACGACGUAGGCAAUUACGGCCUCGACCUCCUAAAGCUGGAUCACUGGCAGCUGCAAGUACGACUGAAUCGUUGCCCCGUCAACAGGAGCAGCUGGAGCAAGUGGAGCAACCAGAGCGUCGAGGUCCGGGGAGGCCUAAGAAGCAACGGGAGCAGCUGGAGCAAGUGGAGCAACCAGAGCGUCGAGGCUGUGGGAGGCCUAGAAAGCAGCAGGAGGAACCAAAGCAGCAGGCGCAACCAAAGCGUCGAGGCCGGGGGAGGCCUCCUAAAGCCCAAACCAACUAGUAGCAUAGAUAUGAAGACUCAAUGAAGUGGCAGCACAGCAGCCCAAGAGUUGGGACCUGGAAGGUUGCUAAAGCUGGACUAAUGAAUUCAAGGACAGUAAAUGUGACCAUUCCCAUUUUGAUCUAGUAAUUGAGCGCCUACAGCAAGUUGCAGCCCAGGAAAGACAGAACAGUGGAGAUGACUCAUAUGGCUUAACAGAAGAGCAGGAGGUGGAGUUGACUCCCGAAACUAAUGAGAUGGCAAAAUUUGAGCAGGUUCAGGAAAAAGUUGAGGAUAUGGAACCCAAUUUAUCGGAGGUCCAGAGUCCUGUGAAGUCUUGUGACAGUGAAGAUGACUUGUAUAGAUGGAGUGAAUAUAAAAGUGAAUUCUAAUGAUGGAAUGCGUGAUACUUCUGUUACUGUGACAUAGUUCAUUAGUCAUUUUUAUUUAUGCUUCAGCAAUUAAUGUAUAAUACGGAGUAUAAUCUUUUGCUAUGUUGAGAAUUUCAGAGCUUUUGUUCCCAACUGAUACGAGUCUCUCUUAUUCUCUUUCGGCAGAUACGAUGUGGAAGUGGAUAUAUACUAUUUGUUUGGACACUCGGAUGAACUCCGGAUAUGUGCAAGCAAUUGCAAAUCAUACCAUAUAUAUCAUUUAAGUUAGGGUGUUUUUGCACCUAAAGAAAAUCAAACAUAGCGGUGGAGACUCCUUAUUUAUU